AUGCCACGCGCUGCCGUCUCCGUCCCCGCCAGCCGACCCUCGACGGCGCAGGAGCUCAUCUACCCCACGCACGGCUGCCGCGACGUGCUGCGGCGGCACGGGAUCAAGCCGCACGACCACGCCCGUGACAACCGGCGGCACAUCAAGGAGCUGCAGCAGCAGGUGAGCGAGCGCAAGGCGGCGGCAGAGGCGGAGGCGGCCAAGGCCGCGAGCAAGGCGGCUCGCCGGCGAGCGGAGGGCGCGUACAGCGCCGUGCCCUCCCGUGUCGCCGCGCAGCUCGCGGCGCGGCCGUCGUCAGCACCGCCCUCUCGCCACCGUCCGUCACCGCGCAAUUUUUACGUGGGCGCGCCGCUUCAGCCGGCGAAGCAGGUGACGCGGGCGGGCAGGACGGCGGCGUGGAUCGAGCCGCCACUGCUCGUGCCGCCGCCGCCGCCGCCCGCCAAGUCGCUGCCGCCGCCGCCGCCGCUGGAGGCGGCGGCAGAGGUGGAGGCCGCGCCGCACCCCGCCUCGCCUCCACCGACCGACUACAUCGCUCGGAACAUCGAGGCGGCCAAGCACGCGAGCAGGAGGCGGCCGGCGAGCGCGCGCGCCUCCGACGCCGCCGCGCGCGUCCUGUUUGGCCGCCCCGAGCCGGCGGGCAAGCUGCCGAGCUACCUGAUCGACCGCAAGCUGGAGCUGGCGCAGCGUGCGGCCGAGAAGGCGGCGGCCGCGAUGCCGCCCGAGGUGCCGCCGCACCACCACCUGCUGCCGCGCGAGGAUUGCGUGCGGGUCCUCGCCGACAUCCGCGCCGCGCGCGCCGAGGUGCUCGAGGAGCUCGACCGCUUCCCCUUCGUCGUGGUCGUCGCCGACGGGCCGCUCCCUUCCUACGACCGCGCCGCCGCCUCGUGA